AUGACGCACUUGAUAAGUAUUCUAAUUCUCCUCCUCAAAAUAUACGCUACCAAAUCUUGUUCAGGGAUUUCGCUAAAGACACAGGAGCUAUAUGCGUUGGUGUUUUUGACGCGGUAUUUGGAUCUGUUCACCGACUUUGUUUCAGUCUACAAUACUGUUAUGAAGCUGGUGUUUAUAGCCAGCUCUCUCGCUAUCGUGUGGUGCAUGAGGAAGCACCCUCUUGUCAGGCGUUCUUACGAUAAAGAUCUCGAUACGUUUCGCCAUCAUUUCCUCGCUCUUGCAAGCUUUGUUCUGGCUCUUCUCGUGCACGAGAAGUUCACAUUUGAAGAGAUCUUCUGGGCAUUUUCAAUAUACUUGGAAGCAGUAGCAAUUCUUCCCCAGCUAGUAUUGCUGCAGCGGAGUGGGAACGUGGAUAAUUUAACAGGACAAUAUGUUUUCUUUCUUGGGGCUUAUCGUGCUUUCUACAUCUUGAACUGGAUCUACCGCUAUUUCACAGACCCGCAUUUUACUCGAUGGAUAGCUUGCAUUUCUGGUCUUGUUCAGACAGCUCUCUAUGCAGAUUUCUUCUACUACUACUUCAUUAGCUGGAAAAACAAUGCAAAGCUUCAGCUGCCAGCUUGA